GUUAAAAAAGGCUUCUCCUUCUUUUCCGGCGUGAUGAUUCCAUGGGCACUUGGUAACAUUUUUAUACGUCUCUUAUAACAAAGUAUAACUAGUAUUAGUGCUUGGCUAACUCAUCAGACAACGUAAAAAAUUAUUUGUAAAAUAUAAAUUUUUCAUUCUAAUAAUUAUAAACUCCAUUUUGCUUGUAUUAAAUUUGUUCUUUUAAAAAUUCAAGUCUCAGUAGUGUUUGCUUGGUCAUACAAAAAAGAGUCAUUCACAGCCAUCAUAUUAAUGGAGUAUAAAGUGAACCUUUUUUUUGCAUGAAAAAGUAUAAUUUAACAUUUAAUUGUCUUGCAUAAACGAGUAUUCGCAGAGACAUUUUGGGUGUUGGCUUAUGUUCAUCAAAAAUCACCAACAAUUUCUCAGUGAUAACUCAAACGUUUGUACGACAUUUUGUUUUUAAAGUGCUUUAAAAUUGACAUUAUUUAAUAUAUUAUUUAUUCAGUUAAAUAUUAGCUAUUUAUAAUAAUUAAUUUAUUCCAAAAAAGUAAUUUUUUAGACAAUUAUUUUGCUCUAUUCAUGUAUCCAGCAUAACCAACUCAAAAAAAAAGAAAAAAAAAAAUGUAAAUUUAAUUAUAAUUUAUUAGAAAAAGAAAGUGCUAGUCAUCAUUAUGAUAAAUAUAAUUUUCAUGUAAUAUUGUUAUUAUUAUUUGUAUGAAUUGCGUAUGAAUAAUUACAUUGUAUUAUAAUGAGUAAUAAUACACCAAUACACAUACACAAGUGCAGUGGUUUCCUGGCUAAAAUAAUUGCAAAAUGGCGUUUUAAAAUGAAAAAUAUAUUGGUUACAUGAUCCUAUUUUUUAAAUUGAAAAAGAGAAAAAAUCAUAAAAGGCAUUUUAAAGAAUUUUCGUGCUCCAAACUAUACACUAGAAAAAAAGAAGCAUUUUUACAAUUUUAAUCGAUGUCGGCCUCGGCUCCUAAAAUAUCCUAUUUCACAUUGACAAAAAAAGAAAAAAAAAAAAACAAGAAAAGAAGCAUUAUAAAGGGAUUAUUCUUGAUUAUAAAGUUUUUUUUUUUUAUAUAUUUUUUUUGUGAUCUGGGCAAGUUUUUGGGUGCGGGAUGAGGUGGAGAGAAAAUAAUUUAUUUACAGCGCUUGCGUAUUAAAUAAAAUAAUGAUGGCGGCGUUGAUUUAGAAAAAAGUGUCGUUUUAACGUCCAACAAGAGGGGAAAGGAAAGGGCACGCGCGUUGCAUGACGGAACGAAGGCCAAUGGGCCAAUAACGACAAGGGGAAUAGAAACGAGAGGGGUGAAAACGAACGAACGAACAUUGAGAGUCGAGAAGAUGGCGGCCGCAAUAUCGCCUGCAACCAUAUAGUACGGUCAAGAAUUCGAUAUUUUUGUUACGAUGUCGCGUACUUGUACAAUUUUCAACAAUUAAUAACGUGACAUUACGUGUUUAAAUAAUUAUAUUAACAAUAAUAAAUAUUGUGUAUUGAUUUUAUUGCUCGUGGGUGAAAUAUAUUUAACGUGAGAUUUUUUUUUUUUUUUUUUUUUUUUUUUUUUUCGAGACGCGUAUACGAGAGACAAUGCAGAAAGCAGAAGAUUCUGAAUCUGGUAAAGAUUCUGGUUCAGAUUCUGAAAAUGAAAGUAAGAGUGAUAGUAGCUCAUCAGGUAGCAAUUCCAACUCUGAUGGCUCAGGAAGUGAUAGUUCAUCAUCAUCAUCAAAUUCCGAUUCAUCUGAUUCGGAGUCUGAAAGUGCGAAACCUAGACGAGCACCACAACAAAGUAAACCCUUGAAUCGUCGUAUUGCACAAAAAGCUAAAGUUGCAACUCGUUCACGAAAAAAACGACUGUCAGAUUCAUCUGAUAAUUCAUCAUUUGAAAGUGAUGAUAAUCGAAGGCAAGUAACAAGACGUGCUGGGACAUCAGUUAGUUAUAAAGAACAAAGUGAUAAUGGUACUGAUAGUGAAGAUAUUCUUGAAAAUGAUGAAACAGCAGCACCACUAGAACCACAAGAAGUUGAUAAUGCUGAAACAAUUGAACGAAUACUCAAUCAACGUAUUGGUAAAAAAGGUGUUACUGGUAAUGUAACAACUGUAUAUGCAGUUGAAGAAAAUGGUGAUCCAAAUCCAAAUGAAAUAUCAAAUGAAGAUGGUGAAAUACAGUACCUGAUUAAAUGGAAAGGCUGGUCACAUAUUCACAAUACAUGGGAAUCAUUAGAAUCAUUAAAAGCCCAAAAAGUUAAAGGAAUUAAAAAACUUGAUAAUUAUAUAAAAAAAGAAGCUCAAAAUCAAGAAAGAAGACGUUAUGCUUGUAUUGAAGAUCUUGAUUAUUAUGAAUGUCAAGAUGAAUUACAACAAGAAUUAAUGAAAAGUUAUAAUAAUGUUGAAAGAAUAAUUGCUGAAUAUAAAAAACCUGAUUCAAAAAAUUUCGAUUAUUUAUGUAAAUGGGAAAGUCUUCCUUAUGCUGAAUCAACAUGGGAAGAUGGUGCAUUAAUAAUUAAAAAAUGGCCAAAUAAAAUAAAAGAAUUUCGUGAUAGAGAAGAUUCAAAAAGAGUACCAAGUGAUGGACGUAGAGUAUCAUCAUUAAGACCAAAAUUUCGUGAAGUUAAAAAUCAACCAGAAUAUAUUGGUAAAGGUAAAGAAUUAAUAUUACGUGAUUAUCAAUUAGAUGGUUUAAAUUGGAUGGUUGGUUCAUGGUGUAAAGGUAAUAGUGUUAUACUUGCUGAUGAAAUGGGUCUUGGUAAAACAAUACAAACAAUAUGCUUCCUAUAUUAUUUAUUUCAUACACAUCAAUAUUAUGGUCCAUUUUUAUUAGUUGUUCCAUUAUCAACAAUGACAUCAUGGCAACGUGAAAUGGAACAAUGGGGACCAGAUUUAAAUUUUGUAACAUAUCUUGGUGAUACAGUAUCACGUGAAGUUAUACGUGAACAUGAAUGGUGUAAAAAAAAUGAAAAUUCUAAAAAAUUAAAAUUCAAUGCAAUCCUAACAACAUAUGAAAUUGUAUUAAAAGAUAAAGCAUUUUUAGGACGUAUUGAAUGGGCUGCUUUAUUAGUUGAUGAAGCACAUCGUUUAAAAAAUGAUAAUUCAUUAUUAUAUAAAGCACUUAUUGAAUUUAGAACAAAUCAUAGAUUAUUAAUAACUGGUACACCAUUACAAAAUAGUUUAAAAGAAUUAUGGGCAUUAUUACAUUUUAUAAUGCCAGAUAAAUUUCCAAGCUGGGAAGAAUUUGAACAAGAACAUGAUGAUGCUGCACAAAAAGGUUAUUCAAAACUUCAUAAACAACUUGAACCAUUUAUAUUACGUAGAGUUAAAAAAGAUGUUGAAAAAAGUUUACCAGCAAAAGUUGAACAAAUAUUACGUGUUGAAAUGACAUCAUUACAAAAACAAUAUUAUAAAUGGAUAUUAACUAAAAAUUAUAAUGCAUUAAGAAAAGGUGUAAAAGGUUCAACUGGUACAUUUAUUAAUAUUGUUAUUGAAUUAAAAAAAUGUUGUAAUCAUGCAUUUUUAACAAAACCAAUGGAAUAUGAAAGAAAAGAUAGUAAUGAAGAUUAUUUACAACAAAUAAUACGUGGUUCUGGUAAAUUAGUAUUAUUGGAUAAAUUAUUAGUACGUUUACGUGAAACUGGACAUAGAGUAUUAAUAUUCAGUCAAAUGGUUAGAAUGUUAGAUAUUCUUAGUGAAUAUUUACAAAAACGUCAUUUUCCAUUUCAACGUUUAGAUGGUAGUAUUAAAGGUGAAUUAAGAAAACAAGCACUUGAUCAUUUUAAUGCUGAAGGUUCAACUGAUUUUUGUUUUUUAUUAUCAACACGUGCUGGUGGUUUAGGUAUUAAUUUAGCAACAGCUGAUACUGUGAUAAUAUUUGAUUCUGAUUGGAAUCCACAAAAUGAUUUACAAGCACAAGCAAGAGCACAUAGAAUUGGACAAAAAAAUCAAGUUAAUAUUUAUCGUUUAGUUACUAAAAGUUCAGUUGAAGAAGAAAUUGUUGAACGUGCUAAACAAAAAAUGGUACUUGAUCAUCUUGUUAUACAACGUAUGGAUACAACUGGUAGAACUGUAUUAGAUAAAAAAGCACCAGGUAGUAGUAAUAAUAAUCCAUUUACUAAAGAAGAUUUAAAUGCAAUUCUUAAAUUUGGUGCUGAAGAAUUAUUUAAAGAUGAAGAAGAUGGUGAUGAAGAACCUGUAUGUGAUAUUGAUGAAAUAUUACGUAGAGCUGAAACAAGAGAUGAAGCACCAGCAGCUGUUGGUGAUGAAUUAUUAUCAGCAUUUAAAGUUGCUAGUUUUGCUGCAUUUGAAGAAGAUAAUGAACCAAUUAAUAAAAAAACCUAUGAUAAUAAUGAUAAUGGUAAUAAUGAUAAUAAUGAUAAUAAUAGAGACUGGGCUGAAAUAAUACCAGAAUCAGAACGUAAAAAAAUUGAAGAAUCUGAAAAAUCAAAAGAAAUGAAUGAUUUAUAUUUACCACCACGUGUUAGAAAAACAUUACAACAAUUAAAUCAAAGUGAUACAUCAAAAGGUCGUAAUAAAAAACGUAAAAAACAACAAACAGAUGAAAGUGAAGAUGCUGAUGAUGAUGAUGCUAGUGGUGGUGAUGAUGAUGAUGAUGAUGGUAGUGAUGAUGAUAGACCAAAAAAACGUGGUAGACCAAGAGUAUUACCACGUGAAUCAAUCAAAAGUUUUACUGAUGCUGAAAUACGUAAAUUUAUAAAAAGUUAUAAAAAAUUUCCAGCUCCAUUAAAACGUCUUGAUGAUAUUGCAAUUGAUGCUGAAUUACAAGAUAAACAAUUACCUGAAUUAAAAUAUUUAGGUGAACAAUUAAAAUCAAGAUGUGAAGCAUGUAUUAAUGAAUUUGAACAAACAGCUAAAGAAAAUAAAGCAGCAAUACGUGAUGAAGAACCAAAAAAAGAAGGUAAAGGACGUAAACGUGGUCGUGGUCCAACAUUUAAAAUUGCUGGUGUUAUGGUUAAUGCUAAAUCAUUAUUUACUGCUGAAAAAGAAUUAGAACCACUUGAUGAGGUAUUACCAAAUGAACCAGAAAAUCGUUCAACAUGGCAUUUAGAUGCUAAAUUAAAACCAGCUAAUUUUGAAUGUGAUUGGAAUUCUGAUGAUGAUACAAAUUUAUUACGUGGUAUUUAUACACAUGGUAUGGGAUCAUGGGAUACCAUUAAAACAGAUACAAAUUUAAAAUUAACUGAUAAAAUAUUAUUAACUGAUAGUAAAACAGAAGUUAAACAGUUACAUACUAGAGCUGAAUAUUUAUUAAAAAUAUUAAAAAAACAAGUGGAAUUAAGAAAAGGUGUUCCUAAAACAAGAAAACCAAGAAAACCAAAAGAAAUUAAAACAUCUAUUACAUCAAAAGAAAUCAUUGAUAAUGAUAAUGAUAGUUCAAGUGAAGAAAAUAAAAAGCCUAAAAUUAAAAAAGAAGAUGAUACUAUUAAUAUUCAAAAAGAUAAUCAAGAAGAAAGUGAUAGUGGUGGUGGUGCUGGUGCUGGUGGUGGUGGUCAUGGUCAUAUUGUUGAAAAGAAAAAACGUGAAAAAAAAUCUAAGAAAGAUAAAAAAGACAAAAAAGACAAAAAAGAUAAAAAAGAAUUAAAAAAAUCAAAAAAUAAAGAAGGACCAGUACAUAUAACAGCUAAUUCUGAACCAGUAUCAGUUGUUGAUGAAACAUUUCAAGAGUGUAAAGAAAAAAUGAGACCAGUUAGAAAAUCAUUAAAAGCAUUAUUAGAACUUCAAAAAAAAAAAAUUGAAGUUAUUAACGGUCAUAUAAUUAAUCCUGAACUUGCUGCUUAUGUAUCUGAACUUAUUGAAUUAAUUGGUAGCCAAAUUAAUACUUGUCUUGAACUUUAUAUUGAUAAUCGUGAAGAAUUAAAAGUUUGGCGUACUAGUUUAUGGAAUUUUGCUAGUCAAUUUACUCCAUACUUUAAAUUGGGUUUAUUAGAAAAAAAGUACAAAAAAAUUAUUAAAAAUAAAACAACAAAUAAUAGAGAUGAUAAUAAUACUUCUACUACUCUAUCAUCAGCAUUAGAAAAAAAUGAUGAUAAUAAUAAACGUAAUAAUAAUGAUAAAAAUGAUAAAAAUUAUAAACAACAUACAGAUACAAAUAAUAGUAGUGGUGGUCUACGUCUAUCACUUAAAAGAAGAGCUGAUGAUAUUGAAGAUAGUUCAAGUAAUAGUUUACCAAGUAAUAAAAAACAUAUGUCAGGCAAUUCAUCUAGUAAUUCAAGUUCAAAUUUUAAUAAUUUAACAUCUGGUACUAGUAGAAAUAGUAGUACAAUUAUUCCAAUGAUAACAACACCAAAUUCAUCAUCAUCUGAUUCUUUAAUAAGAAAUAAAGAUUCAAAAUACAAAGAUAAUUCAAAAAGAGAUAGAAAUGAUAGAGAUCGUGAUAGAACACAUGAUAGAAGUAUAGAUCGUUUAAAUACCACUCCUGUUAAAGAUGAAAGAAUACGAAGGGAUAGUGGUGGUUAUGGUGCAGUAGGAGGUGUUGGUGUUGGUGGUGGUAGUGGUAGUAUUGGUGGUGGUGGUGGUGGUCAUUACAGUGGUGGCAGAGAUGAUGAUCAUUGGAUACCAAGAGAUAAUAGAAAUCCUAGAGAAGCUAGAUUCAGUGAUCAUAAAAGAGAAAGAUUUGAAGGAUAUGGAAGAAUGCCUGGUGGAUAUCAUCGUGGUGAUAGAGAAAGAGAUAGAGAUCGUGACAGAGAUCGUCCAAUGCAUCUAUCUGAUAAAAGAGGUGAUUAUUAUGGUAGAUAUCCACCAUCAGGACCACCAGUACCUAGUGGUAAUUAUGGAUAUGGUGGACCAGGUGGUUAUGGCAAUGUUGCUGGUGGUGGUGGUGGUAGUGGUGGCAGUGGUAGUGUUGGUGGUAGUAGUGUUGGUAAUUAUCCACCACCAGACUCUGGACAUUUUAGAGGUCGUGGUUAUCCUGGUAAUAAAAGUUAUCCAAAUGAGUGGAGACCCAACAAAGACUAUAGACGUGAAUACGAUCGACGACCACCACCACCCAAUGGUAACUCCUAGUGUAACUUUGACGAGUGUGUUCUCACUCUUAUGUAGGCUCCUUUUAUAUUAAUUUGCUUUAUUGCAAUUUGUUUAUCUUCCCUCUGAUAAGCGAAUAGACAUAUGAAAAAAAAAAAUCAAACAAUAAUUGUAAAUUGCAUUUUAUAUAUUUUUUUUGAUUUAAUGAAGUUUAACAAUUAUCUUAUCAUGCAGAAAAAAAUUUUCUUUCUUUAUCUUAUUUUUUUUUAUUUUUCGUUUUGUGCCAAUUUCAUUUUAGUGUGCAAUUCGUCAUUUGUACAAUUGUGAUUAUUCGAAUUAUCACAUUCAAAGUAAAUCUUCCUUAUAUAAUAUUAAACAAUUAACUUUUAAAUUAAAAAAAAAAAAGAUUUUCUUUUUUUAACACGACAAUGUAUAUUUGACUCAUGUAGACUGAUAAUUGUGCAGCAUCGUGUACAUAAAUUAUUUCUAUGCAUUAGUGGCUAAAAAAAAUUAUAAAACCCAUUAUUUAUUUUUUUUUUCUUUAACUUAAACACACUAUCGAAAAAAAAUAAAAAUUAAUUUUGUCUUGAGACACUUCCAUAUAAAUCAAAGGCUAUUAUUAAAUUGAUUAACUGAAUUUUUAUUCACAUUAUUAUUAUUGCAGUCAAGCAUUUAUAUGUUGAACACUGAGCAAUUUAAUUUUUUUUUUUUGUUUUUUACUUCAAAACGAUUGGUACGCACAAAACUGAUCCUGCCUUUAUUUAAAAAUAUCUAAAACCGUCUCAAUAAAUUUGUCAUUUCAUUGAUAAUUAUUAUCAACAAUUUUAGUCUCA